AUGCUCGAAGUGAAUAUGACCGGUGUGUUGAUGACCGCCCAGGCAGUGGCUAAGCAAAUGAUUCGUUUUGGAAAUGGAGGCAACAUCGCCAUCGUUGCAAGUAUGAGUGGGACUGUCGUGAAUCGAGGUUUGAUUUGCUCCGUCUACAACGCAAGCAAAGCAGCCGUCAUUCAAAUGGCUCGCAACCUCGCCGCCGAGUGGGGGCAGUAUAACAUCCGCGUCAACACCCUCUCCCCCGGGUAUACUUUGACCUCCAUGUUAGAAGAUCUCUUUAUCGAGUACCCCGAGCGCCGUGGUCAGUUUGCCAACGGGAACAUGUUAGGCCGUCUCUCCCGCCCCGAGGAGUAUUGCGGAGCUAUUGUAUUCUUGCUUUCUGCUGCCAGCAGUUAUAUGACUGGUAGUGACCUACGCAUUGAUGGUGGCCACACUGCAUGA